ACUGUAAACACGUCAUCAGUCCAACUGCCACAACAAAAACCUGUCAGUGGGUCCGUCCACACGGCAGUGACGUCAUGUGUCAGUGUGUUAUUUUUUAAGUCUGAAACUUCUUUAAAAAAUAUCCGAAGACUUCCGGUUCCUGCCGCAGUUUAGCGUCCUGUUUCCAUAGCAACGUAGCACCGGAGGACACGUAAACACAGUCACAGGAAAUAUGUCAUCACCACGAGUGGGCGUGAUCAGAAACUCCAUGCUGACCAAUCCGCUGCUGAUCAAGGCUCCGUUGGGUCAAACCCGGUCCAGAGGUCUACUCGGUCCUGGUCCAGAUUUCACUUUCGGAACCAGCAGCAGCUUAAGCGAUGGGGGCGUGGCCGAGGUUCUGUCCAGUUGGAGCGUUCAGUCUAGACGUGGAGACUCUGCUCAGUCCGUUCCUCCGGACUUUGUGUCUCUGAACCGGGAUGCGGUCCGGUCCGGUCUCGUCACGUCCAAAGAACUGAGUCAAUACCGGGCACAGAGGGGCAGGGCCAAGAGCCAAAUGCCCGCCCCCAGGAGACAGGAGGGCGGGGCUUCACGGAGGCCAGCAGUGCCUGACAUCACGUUUGGAGUCACAACCAGGCCAGGGUCUCCGCUGGCAGACCUCCUCUCUCAUCAGUACGCUCACCACUGGAUCGACGAACAGCUGAGCAGGAAUCGAACCAGCAACCACAGCCAGCUGCAGAGGGUCAAACCAGGCUGUAUUCCUGACACCAGAACCAGCCUGUUGAGGAGGAGCCGCCCCCUGCCCGUCACACACACUCCGUUCAGACUGCCUCAGUUCUCACAGGUUCCUCCUGCUCUGGACACCUUCAGGAGUCCGGAGGCUCGUCUCCGGGCGUUCAGGGCUCAUCAGUCGGACUUGGUGUCCAGGAGAGGAGCUCAGGUUCUGGGGGCGGCGAGUCUGGACUGAAGGGACGAGGAGGACAGACACUGAAACAGACUUACAACAUGACAACAUUCAUACAAAUAAACAUGAAACAGUGCACCGUG